AUGAUCCGGCCCGGUCCAGCAUAUCCGUUCAGCCCAUUAAGCAAAUUUUUGAUUGGUUGCUGCCCAAAUUUUGGCAGCACAACAUUCAAAUCCUGCCAAACCAAAUACGCCUCCCCACAAUGCCGUGGCGGCGCCGCCUCCACUUCACCACCGCCGUCCGACACCUCAAUUUCCAUGGCGGUCAAAAGCAAUAAUGCAGACUUUCUGAACGGCGGCACCCCAGUCCACAACCACCACCCGUCGCCUCCGACCUCACCCUGCGUCGCCCACGUCGUCGUCCGAUCCCGCCACCUGUCGCCGGUCGCCGUCCUUACCCCACCCGCCGUCGUUGCCUUCCGUCAACCACCUGUCGUCCGCCACAAAAUCCUCUGCCGCCGAGCAAGAGAUGCUCUCGAAGACGACGAAGACGUGGCCACCGAUGAACACUUGUUGCAGCGGCGUGCGGCCGCUGGCGUUGUGGUCGCCGGCGAGCUCGGCCAUCCGGGCAAUGAGGUGGUUGUUGAAAUUGAGGUGGUCGCUGAUGGUGGCGUUGUGACGGCGACCGACGAAUGUCCCCCGGUGGCCGCUGGAUGA